AUGGCUACCACAGGUCUCGCUGCCUCGGCAGCAUCCAAAUUCGACGCCGUCACCCCUCCCAAGGCGUCCUCCCUCCCCUCUCAACUCGUCAGCCAGCUCCUCGUCAACCUCGACGAUGAUAUCAAGGCACUCAAGCAGAACAAGGACUUUGAUCUCGAGGGGGUGAUGGCUUACCAUCGGGUCGCAAACUACCUUGCUGCUGCCAUGAUCUUCCUCCGAAGUAACGCCCUCCUCCGCAAGCCGCUCGAGAAGGACCACAUCAAGCGUCGGCUUCUAGGCCACUGGGGCACCUGCCCCGGCCUCAACUUUGCUUACGCACACACCAACUACCUCAUCUCCAAACACCAAGAGGAGAAGGACUGCCCGCAGUUCAUCUUCCUGACUGGGCCUGGUCAUGGUGCACCCGCUCUGCUGGCUACGCUGUUCAUGGAAGGCGCCAUCACUCGCUUCUACCCCGAGUACCCGAUGAGCGUGGAAGGCACCGAAUCCUUCUUGAGGGCGUUCUCUAUGCCCGGCGGAUUCCCUUCUCACGUGAACGCCGAGACUCCAGGAGCCAUCCACGAAGGCGGAGAACUAGGCUACUGUCUCGCUGUUGCCUUUGGCAGUAUCAUGGACAAGCCCGACGCUAUCGCUGUCGCUGUCAUUGGUGACGGAGAGUCCGAGACCGGCCCUACUGCUACUGCUUGGCACGCCCACAAGUACAUUGACCCCAAAGAGAGCGGUGCUGUCAUCCCUAUCCUCCACGCCAACGGCUACAAGAUUGGAGAACGCACCAUCACCGGUACCAUGGACGACCUCGAGCUCGCCUGCCUCUUCACCGGCUACGGCUACCAAAUCCGGAUCGUCGAGUACGGAAGCGACUCGUCCGACCCCGAGUCUGACGAAGCAAUCCACUACAACAUGGCUGCGUCGAUGGAGUGGGCCCUGUCCGAAAUCAGGAAGAUCCAAAAGGCAGCUCGGUCUGGUCAGCCCAUCACCAAACCGAGGUGGCCUAUGAUUGUCCUCCGCAGCCCUAAAGGCUGGACUGGGCCGAGAAAGAUGAAUGGGAACGCCAUUGAAGGGAGCUGGAGGGCGCAUCAGGUCCCCCUCCCUCUGGCUGCUACCGACGACGACGAGUUUGCACUCCUCGGCGAAUGGCUCGAAUCCUACAAGCCGCACGAGAUCUUCAACACCGAUGUCACUUCUACCCAUCCCGGCGCGCACGACGCUACUCUCGGCGCCAAAGCACUCAUCGACAACAAGGCGCUCAGGAUCAUCCCGAACGACCAGGAACGCCGAAUGGGGAUGGUCGACUGGACUUACCGCGGCCUGAAGGAGCUCAAGACUCCCGACUGGAAGAAGUACGGUAUCGAGCAGGGCAAGGAGAUGUCCAACAUGAAAGCUGUCGGCGAAUUUGUCAAAACCGUUGUCGAGAUGAACCCCGACUCGUUCCGGAUCUUCUCCCCCGACGAGCUCACCUCCAACAAGCUCGAUGCUGCUUUCGAGAUCACCCACCGCAACUUCCAGUGGGAUCCCGAGACCGCCAAUAACGGUGGUCGGGUCAUCGAGAUGCUCUCGGAGCACACUUUGCAGGGGUGGAUGCAGGGGUACACCUUGACUGGUCGUCACGCCUUGUUCCCUUCCUACGAGAGUUUCCUCGGCAUCGUCACUACUAUGAUUGAGCAAUACGCCAAGUUUGUCAAGAUGGCGGUGGAGACCAAGUGGAGAGGCGAUAUCGCUGGCCUGACCUACGUCGAGACCAGUACUCUUUGGCGACAGGAGCACAAUGGCUACUCUCACCAAAACCCCGGCCUGAUCGGCUCGUUCAUCUCCCUCCCCCGCCACCUGGCAAGGGUCUACCUCCCCGCCGACGCCAACACCAGCAUCAGCACCAUGGACCACUGCCUCCGCGCCAAGAACAAUAUCAGCUUGAUUGUCGGCUCCAAGAACCCCAGUACCACCUGGCUCUCGGUCGACGAGGCGGAACGUCACUGCAUCGCCGGCGCGUCCGUUUGGACCCGGUACUCUACCGACAACGGUAUCAACCCUGACGUCGUGCUCGUCGGCUGCGGUGUCGAAGUGACAUUCGAAGUCAUCGCCGCCUCGGCCAUCCUCCGCAAGGAAGGUCUCCGGGUCCGGGUCGUCAAUAUCAACGACCUCCUUAUUCUCGGCGAGAUCGGCACCCACCCCCACGCCCUCACUGAAGAGGCCUUUGCCUCCCUCUUCACCACCGACAAGCCCGUCAUUGUCAACUUCCACGGCUACCCCAAAGACAUUGCCGGUCUCCUCUUCUCCCGCAAGUCCCACGUUGGCCGAUCCCGGUUCGACGUCCUCGGCUAUAUCGAGGAGGGUACCACCACUACCCCUUGGUCUAUGCUUCGCCUCAACAACACGUCUCGCUUCACCCUGGCCGAUUUGGCGGUUCAGCGGGUCACAGCGGCGCAGCCCAACCACGCUAUCGGGGUCAAGGCGCACGAGCUUGGUAGCUACUGGAAGCACCAGCUGCGGGUGCACGAGAAGUACACGAUUGAGCAUGGGGAGGAUCCAAAGUGGUGUGCGCAGAUUCCGGAUGCAGAGUAG